CCAAAAUUCCCUCUAGAUGACCUUGACUUAUUUUUUCUCCAAGCAAGACUUUUUCUCUCUCUCAGAGCUGCCCCAACGUGACUGGUUCUCAUUUUCAAAGACCUUGAGAGACCAUUCAUACCUGUAUUUGAUUCAGGCACCGUCGAAUUAUUGAAGUUUUAAAUAAUACGUGUAAUAUAUUGUACGAUUUCUUAAGGUGGGUUUUCAUUUUUGGUUGGUAAAGCAGACCUCCAGCUGCCGUGUGAGGACUUGUAUUGAGGGAACUAUCGAAUGCCCCUUCUUGCUAUGGCCUUUUGAGGUAGUGGACUUCUCUCAGAAUAGCUCUUUUGAGUCACUGGACUGAUAGGUUUCUCUCAGAAUUGCCAAGGAAUGGGAAUCUGUUGAAGUAUAGGAGAUUAGUUUGUGCGAUCAGGCCGUGGAGUAUUGAAGCAAAAUUUCCUACAAGGAAGUAUAGCGAUGAAUUUUUCUCGGCUUCAGAAAAUGCUCAGAACUAUGAAGUGUUUCACAUUCUCAGGAGACAAGAAGAAUGAACCGAAGAGCCCAAAGUCGGUAUCGGUUCAGUCCACCAACUCCACUUUUAUUGAGGGAGACGUGAGGAAAUCCUGGCCUGACUUAAAUUCUCAGAAUGUCUCAGACACUAGCACAGAGUCCUUAAGGAGGACCUCAUUUCCUAGUUUGUCUCAAAAACCUAGCAAUCUCAGAGUGUUUACAGUGUCUGAGCUGAAAUCAGCCACCAAAAAUUUCAGCCGUUCUGCUAUGAUUGGAGAGGGUGGGUUUGGGUGUGUUUAUAAGGCAUUGAUCAAGAGUACAGACGAUUCAUCUGGAAAGAUUGAAGUUGCGGUGAAACAACUUGGUAAAAGGGGAUUGCAGGGGCACAAGGAAUGGGUGACGGAAGUUAAUGUUCUUGGGGUGGUUGAGCAUCCUAACCUUGUCAAACUGGUGGGCUACUGUGCUGAGGAUGAUGAAAGAGGAAUACAGCGGCUUCUGAUAUAUGAAUAUAUGCCUAACAGUAGUGUUGAACACCAUUUAUCCACUCGGUCAGAGACACCUCUUCCAUGGGCCAUGAGAUUGAGAAUAGCCCAAGAUGCUGCUCGUGGGUUAACAUACCUACAUGAAGAAAUGGAUUUUCAGAUCAUUUUCAGGGAUUUCAAAUCAUCUAAUAUCCUACUGGAUGAGCAGUGGAAUGCAAAGCUAUCAGACUUUGGAUUGGCUAGGUUGGGCCCUUCAGAAGGAUUAACUCAUGUCUCAACAGCGGUUGUAGGAACCAUGGGAUAUGCAGCUCCAGAAUAUAUUCGAACUGGACGUCUCACGUCUAAGAGUGAUGUAUGGAGCUAUGGGGUUUUCUUGUAUGAACUCAUCACAGGUAGGCGCCCGUUAGACCGAAAUCGUCCCAGGAAUGAGCAGAAGCUCCUGGAAUGGGUAAAGCCAUUCCUAUCAGAUAUGAAAAAAUUCCAGCAAAUUUUAGACCCAAGGCUUAAAGGGAAAUAUCCCCUGAAGUCAGCACAAAGACUUGCAAUUGUAGCCAACCGAUGCUUGGUCAGACACCCGAAGAGUCGCCCAAAGAUGAGUGAGGUACUGGAAAUGGUGAAUCGGAUUGUGGAGGCAUCGAUGGAUACUGGAAGUCCUCAACUACCCUUGAAGAGUUUGGAAGUGGUGGAAACUUCUUCUGAUACUGAAGCCAAGAAUAAGAGAAGGAUUGCGGAUUUGAGAGGUGGAGAAAUUGGUUGGUUUACUCGUAUAUGGAAACCAAAACUUUUAAGGAUACGCUGAUUACAGUAUCUUUGAGCAAACUAACUGGGUUGUUCUUCGGUGAUCAGGUAACUUGGACGGGCUUCUUUGAGGCCUUCAUGAAUAGACACAAAUAAUAGCUUUCUGUACAAUUCUCACACAUAAUGUGGUAAAUCAUGUCUUCCUCCUCCCCAUUUUUAACAUGGAUAUGUAGAAAGCCGCUCUCAUGUACUGGCGGACUUCAGAGCUGCAGGAGGUCGUUACUUAAUCCGUAUAGUAUAAAUAGUAUAAAUACAAAUAAGCUUCUAAGGUGAUGCCUAAUUGCAGUGCCUUGGGCAAAAGAGGAUUAGGCUAGUUCUUUUUGGUGUUUAGAGAAGCCUGAAAGAGAUAUUGAGAAUUUUAUUGCUGAAUCUGUUUAAACAGUGUAAUUCUAGUUCUGUAUCCAUGUACAUAUGCUUGUAUUGGAAACAUUUUUUUUUUCCUA